CCUCACAAAGACCCUUCUGUGAAGCUCCGCUUGUUAAUACCAGUGCAGCCAUCAUAAAGUGUUCGACCUCCACGGCCAUGUAUCUUCUACUGGCCUCGACUUUACUGUGCUUAUGCUUCACUUCAUCCAGUGGAGCACAAUCACGUUAUCGACAGCGAAUUCUUGUUCUCGGAGGUGACGGAAUGCUAGGAAGCGAGACGGUGGCUCGGUUGAAGCUGAGAGGACACGACAUCACAAUCGCGCAUCGAGGGACGUGGUACUGGGACUCUGCUCUUAGAAUCAAACCUUGGGUCAAAUUCGUGCCGUGCGAUCGAGCUAAGUUUAACGAUUGCGCUGAAAGACUUGGAGAUGUUACACAAGAGAAAGGCAUGUUUGAUGUGGUGUUCGACUUUAGUGGUUACAGACCUAGUGAUAUUAAGGAUUUUAUGCUCAAGAUGCGUAGCAGGAUUCGUCGUUACAUUUACAUCAGCACUGAUUCUGUGUAUGAGGUUUGCGAGGAACCUUCCCACGAGGGACCCACGCGUGAGGACGAUGCCAAGCGCCCAGAGGAUCCGAAGACAAGGGAGGCCUAUAGUCAGAAGGACCCUUAUGGAAGUGCAAAGCUGGAGUGUGAAGAGGUUCUCAGAAGAGAACACGAACUAUGGAACAUUCCUUUUAUGAUUAUUCGCCUUCCUGACGUCAUUGGAAUGCGAGACAACACCGAUCGCUUCUGGCGCUAUCUCCUUUGGAUGCGUUUCCACGACAUCUUUGACAAACCUUUAGAACUGCCAAAGAGUCUUCAAAACAAGCCGCUCAGUUUCGUCUUUGCCGAAGAUGUCGCAAAUCUCUUGAUUGUCCUACCUGAGUACGACGAGAACGUAUACAACUUCGCUUACAACCUAGCCUUCCGCGAGACUGCAACGCUGGAGGAAUUUCUCCAAAUUACGGCGAAGCAUCUUGGUGUUUCUGACGUAAAAUUUGACAAGUCUAGCGAGCGAGGAACGUAUUAUUACCCCUCGGUGACGCGCGGACCGGUAGAUAUUGAAAUGGCGUGGAAUUAUCUUCGCUGGAAUCCGCACACACUCGACAAAGCUAUUAGGAAGACAGUUCAAUUUUACGAGUACGCGAUGCGUUCAGAAGAUUUUAAAGAGAAAAGAAAGGCAAUCCUGGACAGUUUGCCUGUACCUGGUCAUGCCAUGGAAGCGUUUAAACAACGGCUAAAAGAGGUCUACGGCUUGGACUACGAUAGACCAGCAGAUGUAAAGGACGAGUUAUAACCAUUAAAGUGCCUACGGAAUCCUACUCUAGGGAGUUUUCUACGUGACAGAUUUUACAGCACGCAAUUACGUGUAGCCCCACUUUCCAAGCAUAAGCUGUUGCGCUAGUCGACGCCCACGCCGCUACGUGCAUUAAUGAUAAUUUAAGGCUGUAUGCAGAGGUGUAUGUUCUGUUGAAAGGCUGAACAGAAGUAAUAAAAGAUUUUUACGGCAGGUAACUCCCUGUAACAAA